AGCAAGUAGCUACAAGCGUGUGUUUUUAAGUGUAUUGUGGUAAUAAUUUACAGGGCAUUACGUUGGUAAAGAGCGUGCGCUUUGAUUCUGUUACUAUAAAAUUGGUUUAGUUCACAGUGAAAUGAGUGUUGUGGAAAUAAUAAAAUUAUAGGAUAGUAAAAUACAGCCAAUUCAUUAGCAAUUCAGUGUAAAUUAGUGUCAUGUUUGACAUUAAAUAGGUAUUUACGGUCUUGACGUCGGCAGGCCUGAUGUGACCAAGUUCAAAAUUAAAUGUUACUUUUUCAGUCACUAUCAUAGAAUUAUACGCAGAAACAGAAUCUUUUAAAAAUUUCAAAUAAUCUUUUAGCUUUGCUUAUGGCAUAAAUGUGAAAACGUCCCGGAAUAUCUUGGUAAAAUAAAAUAAACUUCAGAGAAUCGUAAAUUUCAAUCAUUUUCGAAAACUAAUGGCAGUUAUUACUGUUAGGGACAAGUCGAAAAAGAUAUGAUUUUCGUGAUACUUGGGAGGCUGGUUACGAAAACGACAACCGUUCUAAAAUCUAUAUCAGUCUAAAUUUGAACAACAGUGACUUUAGUUUAAUUGUUAAAAUAAAAAAAAACAGCAUUAUAAACGUCUAAUAUAACAAAGUGAAAAUGUCAAGAAGCGGCAAUUGUUUGAUUUGGGACUAUUUCCAAAAGAAUCAGGAGGAUAAAAUCGCCGAGUGCAAUAUAUGCUUGAAGAGUUUAUCGUACAAGACGACGAUUACAAAUCUAAAACAGCACUUAAGACUCAAACAUAAGAGCGCUUUUAAGGAACUCGUCUCCCGGGGUCCGUGGUACCGGGGCAAGUCCGCAGCCGCGCGCUCGAAGGCUUCGUGCACGUCAACACUAGAUACCGACUCUGACAGCAUGGAAGUAAGCGAAAUAGACUUGUGGUGUCACUUCGAGCAGGAGACGGGCGGCCGCGCGCGGUGCAGACACUGCCACCAGUCCCAGGACAUCGGCGAGAUGGAGAAGCACCUGAUAAAAGCACACUACGAAGUUUUCGAGGACGAGGCCCAGUUCGAAAUAGAGGGCUUGGAUCAAGAGCAGGACGCGUUGCAGAAUGACGACAGUAAUCAGUUCACGGAAGUCAUUUACGUGGAGGAAAAACGAAACAAAUCCCCGAAGCACGGUUAUUUGUCCGCGAAAACUCCGAAAUCACUAAUGUCCGCGGAGAACACGCCCAUAAAGAAAUAUAAACGCAAUAACAUUGACUUGUCGGAUGAAAGGUCUUUUAUUAACUGCAACAGUGCAACCCCGGAUCAGCUAGAUUCGUUUUUAUUGUACAUUAAAAGUCUUUUAUUGCAAACCUCCCCGGAAUUGUCGAUGAAAUUGCAAAUGGAAAUCCUGAAUGUGGUUAUGAAAGCCAAGAUAAACGAAGCCCAGAGUAAUACGAGUCUCGAGUUAAGUUCCAACGGCGGUAAGUGUGCUGAGGAAGCGGACAAAGUGAUCGUUACAGAAGCAGCGGGUGCCAGCGCCAGUGGUGAUAGUUAAAAACAAAAA